AUGUUCAAUGGGUACGCGCAAAAGGACUUAUCCAACGAAGUUUUGAUUUUGUUCAAGAGAAUGAGAAGCAUGGACGUGACGCCCAAUUGCUUCACUCUUCCGGUGGUUCUAAAAGCUUGCGUUUUGAUGAAAGAUCUAAAACAAGGAGAGGAGUUACAAUGCUUUUCGAUAAAAACAGGGUUUAGAUCGAAUUCUUAUUUAGGAACGAAGUUGAUUGAGAUGUAUUCAUCAGCAGGAGUGAUAGCAUCGGCGAAUAAAGUGUUCUGUGAGAUGGUUGAGAAAAAUGUAGUGACUUGGACUUCGUUGAUCAAUGGGUAUAUAUUGAACAAGGACUUAGUCUCUGCUCGGAGGUUUUUCGAUUUGUCACCGGAGAGAGACGUUGUGCUGUGGAACACUAUGGUUUCUGGUUAUAUUGAGAUGGGGAAUAUGACUGAGGCUAGGAGUGUUUUCGAUCGAAUGCCUUGUAGGGACGUCAUGUCGUGGAACACGGUUUUAGAAGGUUAUGCGAGUAUUGGAGAGGUCAAAGAAUGUGAAAGAGUCUUUGAGGAGAUGCCGGAGAGAAAUGUGUUCUCUUGGAAUGGUUUGUUCAAGGGAUAUGCUCAAAGUGGGAAGCUUUCUGAAGUUUUGGAUUCUUUCAAGAGAAUGGUUGAUGAAGGGAACGUUGUGCCUAACGACGCGACUUUGACUUCGGUGUUAUCUGCGUGUGCGAAGUUAGGAGCUCUUGAUUUCGGGAAAUGGGUGCAUAACCAUGGAGAGAGUCUUGGGUAUGAUAAGGGGAAUGUUAACGUUAAGAAUGCUUUGGUUGAUAUGUAUGCGAAAUGUGGAGCUAUAGAGAUGGCUUUGGAAGUCUUUAAAGGGAUAAAGAGAAGAGAUUUGAUAAGUUGGAACAUUAUAAUCAAUGGUUUAGCUGCGCAUGGACAUGGAACCGAGGCGUUAGGUUUGUUCAGUGAGAUGAAAAGUUACGGAAUUAGACCUGACAAGGUAACGUUCGUUGGUGUUUUAUGUGCUUGUAGACACAUGGGUUUGGUUGAAGAUGGCUUGGCUUAUUUCAGCUCCAUGUUGAGUGAUUUCUCAAUCACGCCUGAGAUCGAGCAUUGUGGUUGUGUGGUGGAUUUACUAUCCAGAGCUGGGUUUUUAGCACAAGCUGUUGAGUUUGUAAACAAAAUGCCGGUGAAAGCGGAUGUUGUUAUAUGGGCCACUUUGCUUGGAGCUUCGAAAGUUUAUAAGAAGGUGGAGGUUGGAGAGCUUGCUCUUGAAGAGUUGGUCAAGCUUGAACCAAGAAACCCGGCUAAUUUCGUGACGCUCUCAAACUUAUAUGGAGAUGUAGGGAGGUUUGAUGAUGCUGCGAGGCUAAAAGUUGCUAUGAGAGACACCGGUUUUAAGAAAGAAGCAGGUGUUAGCUGGAUUGAGACCGAUGAUGGGUUAGUGAAGUUUUAUUCUUCGGGUGAGAAGCAUCCUCGAACAGAGGAAUUACAGAGGAUCUUGAGAGGGUUGAAGAACUUCAGUGUCCUGCUUGAUGAUGUAGAAGAACACUUUAUGUAG